GCCGCGUCACAAGGGGAAGCGCCGGGGCUGCUGCUGGGAGAGAUCUUAGGACGUCUCCCGAAGAGCUGCCAUGUCCCUGGAUUUUGCCUCUUCUUCAAAACAGAACAACAGCUAUGAAACCAAAACUCCAAAUCUCCGAACAUCCGAGAAAAAAUGCUCAUGGGCCUCCUAUAUGACCAACUCCCCUACUCUCAUCGUGAUGAUUGGCUUGCCAGCCCGGGGGAAGACGUAUGUGUCCAAGAAACUCACACGCUACCUCAACUGGAUUGGGGUGCCCACCAAAGUGUUUAAUCUCGGCGUGUAUCGGCGUCAAGCAGUCAAGUCCUAUAAAUCCUAUGACUUUUUCCGCCACGACAACGAAGAGGCCAUGAAGAUACGCAAACAGUGUGCCCUGGUGGCGCUGCAGGACGUGACGGCGUAUCUCACAGAGGAGAGUGGGCAGAUCGCGGUGUUUGAUGCCACUAAUACCACCCGGGAAAGAAGGGACAUGAUCCUGGACUUUGCAAAUGAAAACUCCUUCAAGGUGUUCUUUGUGGAGUCCGUCUGUGAUGACCCUGCUGUCAUCGCUGCCAACAUCCUGGAGGUGAAGGUAUCGAGCCCUGACUAUCCAGAAAGGAACAGGGAGAAUGUGAUGGAGGACUUCCUGAAAAGAAUCGAAUGCUACAAAGUCACCUACCAGCCCCUGGACCCAGACAACUAUGACAAGGAUCUUUCUUUCAUCAAGGUGAUAAAUGUGGGCCAGCGAUUUCUGGUGAACCGGGUCCAAGACUACAUCCAGAGCAAGAUCGUCUACUACCUCAUGAAUAUCCACGUCCAUCCUCGAACCAUUUACCUCUGCCGGCACGGGGAGAGCGAGUUCAAUCUCUUGGGGAAGAUCGGGGGUGACUCUGGCCUCUCGCUGCGAGGAAAGCAGUUUUCCCAGGCACUAAGGAAGUUUCUUGAAGAACAGGAGAUCGUGGACCUCAAAGUGUGGACGAGCCAAUUGAAGAGGACAAUCCAGACUGCGGAGUCCCUGGGGGUGACCUAUGAGCAGUGGAAGAUUCUGAACGAGAUAGAUGCUGGCGUGUGCGAGGAGAUGACCUAUGCCGAGAUCGAGAAGCAGUACCCCGAGGAGUUUGCGCUGCGAGAUCAAGAGAAAUACCUGUACCGGUACCCCGGGGGGGAGUCGUACCAGGACCUGGUGCAGCGGCUGGAGCCAGUCAUCAUGGAGCUGGAGCGCCAGGGCAACGUCCUUGUCAUCUCCCACCAGGCUGUCAUGCGCUGCCUCCUGGCCUACUUCCUGGAUAAGAGUGCAGAUGAUCUCCCUUACUUGAGGUGCCCUCUCCAUACCAUCUUCAAACUCACUCCAGUGGCCUAUGGGUGCAAGAUGGAAACCAUUAAAUUUGACGUGGAGGCUGUGAACACUCACCGUGACAAGCCCUCUAAGAACUUCCCCGAGAACCAAACCCCUGUCAGGAUGAGAAGGAACAGCUUCACGCCGCUGUCCAGUGCGGAUACAAUAAGGCGCCCAAGAAAUUACAGUGUUGGGAGCCGGCCCCUCAAGCCCCUCAGCCCUCCCCGUGCCCUGGAUGUGCAAGAAGGGGCCGACCAGCCGAAGAGCCCAGUCAGCAUUCCGGUGGUGUAACCCUGGGUGCCCCUCCUGCCCUCCUCAGUAAUCACCACGGAGUCCUUGAACACUCAGCUCCUGCCCCCACCCUCGCCCCAGAGGCUGUGUGUCUUCAGACCAACUUUAGAAUUCUCCAGCUGCAAGCGUCUCCCUAACCGCGGGCAGGUUAGGGCAGAGGGGAGGCUCAGUGGAGGAGCAGAAGGGAUAUGAUCUCGCGCUGACUGGCACGAGUAGGGCGGAAGCUAAGCCUGUCCCGUCCCCUGGGUUCAGCUCUCCAUUUCCUGUGGCCACGCUCACGAAUGUCUUGUGUGGGUGAAGUGGGGUGGAGGUAGGACCCCAUGGAAGCUCACUUUACUCUGCCCUCCAAUUGUGUCCUCUCAGCCCUGCCUGCCCGUUGAACACCCCCACCCCUUGACUCCCCCGUCGUGCAUCUGCCCUACGGAUGGUGCGGUGUCCUGCACGACACUGGGGCGUGAGCCUGGGAAAGCAGGUGCUUGGCAAGAAGAGGUCUAGCAUACCGGUCAGUACCCUCAGCAGCAGACUGGGGGUCUGGAGCACGCUGGCUCAGUUGGUGGGGACACCGGGUGUCUGUGUAACUGGAGGAGCUUGGCAUAAAGCCUUCCGGGUGCUGUCGCGGUGGGCAGGGAAAGGACGGCGUAGGCUUCUGCUCUGCCAGGCUCCUGCGCAGGGUCCUCCCCAGUGGCUCCCAGCUUCCUGGCCACGCACAGCAUUUCCCCUGCCACGCCAGGCCAGUGGCCGCCGUCAGAAGGAAGGAGGGAGAUUCGAGGGUCACCACUGACAUUCAAAUUGCUCCCAGCAAAAGGCCUUAAAAGCAGCAUUCCCUAAAGCUGUUUACCGUUUCCUCAUGAUUUUCGGCAUAGUUCUUUUUCUUACAGUGAAAUUUUAAAAGAGGUAACAUACGUACACACGCGGUCUCUCAAUGGGCUAGUCUACCUUGUUCGUCGGGGGAAACGGCACUGUCUUGAUUUCCCGAGGAAAGCCUUGGGACCCUUUGGAAUCUAGUUUUCGACUGUUUGUAUUGCUUCCUUCCUCCUUUAGCCCCUGACUUAUGAAGUCCCAUCAUUUUCUUUUCUUUAUGGGGUGAAACCGGUCAUUCAUAAAGCAAGGAUUGUUAACCCCUGAGGAGCCUGUGAUGGCUUAAGCUCCCCCGGCCACUCUGUAUGUACAAUGUGGACUGAUUUGUGGGGGACAGGGGAAAUUCUAGAGUCAUCUCCUGAGAUUUUAUUUUCAUUUUUUAUUUUUAUUAAAAGAGUUUAUUGGGGGCUCUUAUAACAAUCCAUACAUCAGUUGUA